GAAGAACGAAGCAAGGAGACGAGAUAUACAGUAGCAAGGAAAAAAACCAUUCCACGUAUUUAUAACCCCGCUUCCAGUUCCGGGCACGCAGCCCAAACCCCCCACACACCGCCUCCCCCCCAUCCCCUCCCAAAUCCCAUCCAGCCAGAUUUGGCCGCUGCCCCGCCGCCAGAUCGGAGCGCGGCCCCGGUCCGAUCCCGCUCGUCCCUCCACAGGGACAUGGGAAUGGAGGUCGUCGGAGCUGAAGCUGCACCAGCACAGGUUAAAGUAGCUGAUGAGGAAGUGGCCCUUUUCCAAGACAAGGAAAGUCAAGCGACUGCAAGGGAGCGUGAGGAAGCAGCUGUUUUUGGUUCAGACAAUGGCAAAGCUGCGGCAAAUGCCCCAAAUGGCUCUGACAUGGCACCUCCAAAGGAUGCAGCGGAUGAGUGGCCUGAGCCGAAGCAAACUUACACAUUCUACUUUGUCAAGGUCCGCUCAUUUGAGGACCCUAAGCUGAGAGCAAAACUUGAGCAGGCUGAGAAGGACUUCCAAAAUAAGAUCCAAGCUCGGUCCAAGAUUAUUGAGGCUAUAAAAGCUAAGAAGACUGAGCGCGCUGCUGUUCUUGCUGAGCUAAGGCCGCUGAGUGCUGAGAACAGGCAAUAUAAUGAAGCCUUUAAUGAGAAGUUGGAGGAGAUGAAGCCUUUCAGAAACCGUUUAGGCAAGUUCCGUGACGAAAAUAACGCUAUGCGGGCGGAGAGUGCAGGCUUGUGCUCUUCACUCGAAGAGCUUGAGCAUGAGAUCAAGAGAUUGAAUCACCGCAUAAGUCAUGAGAGCAUAUCUUUAGACGAGGAGAAGCGGCUUAUCAAAGAAAUUAAGACCCUUGAAAAAACCAGGCCGAAGGUCAGUUCCAAUGCUGCUAAACGAGCUAAAAUGCAAGAUACAGUUGUUGAAAGAGAUGCCAUACAGGAUCAGGUGAAAAUCAUCGGGGAUGGUAUAGAUGGAGUAAAGAAGGAGCGACAAGCGGUCAGGUCUAAGAUUAAGGUCCUGGAUGAUGAGAUGAAGGUUGUUGAUGGCGAGAUUGCUUUGCUUCAAGAAGAUUUAAAUGCGGCUACCGCCAGAAAGGAUAAAGCAUACGAGUCAUUGACCGAAUUGAGAAAAUUGCGUGAUCUUGCUAAUGCAUCCUUCCAUCAAAACCGCAUAGUCCUGAACAAAGCCAGGGAUUAUUCUUCUAGGAAUGAGGUGGAAGAAUUGCAAGAGCUUCACAAAACUGAGGUUGAGAAGUUCAUGACACAGUGGUGCAGCAGCAAGACCUUUAGAGAGGACUAUGAGAAGAGGAUUCUCACUUCACUCAAUGGACGACAGCUGACCCGAGAUGGCCGGAUGAGGAAUCCUGAUGAGAAGCCCAUAUUUAUCGAAACACAGCAGCCAGUAGCACAAGAGCCUGUCCCAUUGAAAGCACCUUUGAAACAAGCAAAGGAAGCUGCUGCUCCUCAAGUUGUCGCUCCCAAAGAAGAGCCCCUUGCAAAAGCAUCUGCCAAGUCAGCUAAGGUAAAAGCUUCUGUGGAUGCUGAUGAUGAUGCCUAUGAGGCUGAGCCUCCAAAGGAGAAGCCGAAGCCUAAAGAGGUUGAUGUAGCAAAGUUGAAAGAGAUCAAGAGACAGGAGGAAAUCGAGAAGAAUAAACUUGCUUUGGAAAGGAAGAAGAAGCAGGCUGAGAAGCAAGCAGCGAAGGCUGCAGCCCGAGCACAAAAGGAAGCCGAGAAGAAGCUCAAGAAAGAGGAGAAGAAAACCAAGAAGAAAACUGAGCCAGCUGAUACCGACGAGCCAACUGACUCGGACACCAAGUCUGAUGAGGCAGCAGAAGCCCAAGCAGAGGAUGAGUUUACUCCAACCACAUUGAACAAAGAACAGAAGCAGAACGUACGGCCCCGGAAUGUAGUCACCAAGACCAAGGCCCCGCUGCCAAAGGCGAUCCUGAAGAGGAAGAAAGCCCAGUCGUACCGGUCAUGGGCCACCCCAGCCGUGGUGAUAUCCGCCGUGGCCGUGCUCGUCGCCCUGCUCGCGGCGCUGGGCUACUACCAGUACUACCGCCCGGCGAGCACCAGCAACUGAUGUAAGGAAAAGGCCCGUGCACCCGCCGCCCUCGAGUAUGAAUCUUACUAGACCAAUUUUGCAGGUGAGAGCAACAGAGUGCGUGGUCUGCCGAAGACCUGAAUGAACUGAAAAGACUGGAGAAGCUAUUCGUUUCUGUUCUGUUUGUUGGGUGGAGUCAGAUAAAAAGUUGCAGUUAAUUUUGGUUGGCACAGUUAAUUUCGACCGGUACUUGUACUGCCAGUGAACUCAGUUGUACUUUAAAGUGGAGAAUAGAUUGCCAUAUGAAAUAAGUAUGCAUGUAAACAUGCUGUUUGUGUA